UGGGAGGAGCUUCGGGAUUUUCCCCCUUGUUUCACGCCACUUUCAAGUGAAGACUCGUUUGCCAAAGAAGAUAUUGGGGGAAUGGUGUUGGCACAGCCUCAAUCUCUACCAAUAAAAAUGAGCCCAUCAGACACAUCCAACACCACAAGCGAAGGGGAGGCUGGAGAAACUGACCCCUGGUUUCUACUCAACAACAGCAUGGGUUUCCACCCACCUGGUUUCCACACUGAUGUCACCAAACACCUUGGAGUCCAGAUCACUCUGAUCACAGCGUAUUCCCUCAUCAUUCUGCUGGGGUUGCUGGGUAACGCUCUUGUCAUCUACAUGAUCAUUCGCUACAGAAACAUGCGAACAGUGACCAACUUCUUCAUAGCUAACCUGGCCCUGGCAGACCUCCUGGUGGACACUCUAUGUUUGCCCUUCACUCUGGUUUACACUUUGCUAGAUGAGUGGAAGUUUGGGGCUGUGUUGUGCCACAUGGUGCCGUUUGCCCAGGCCCUGAGUGUGCAUGUAUCCAUCCUGACCUUGACUGUCAUCGCUCUGGAGCGUUACCGGUGCAUCGUCUUCCACCUUGGCCGGCGCCUCACGUGGCACUCCAGCUUCCUCAUCAUGGCAUUCACCUGGACUAUGUCUGCUGUUCUGGCAGCUCCCCUGGCCAUCUUCAGAGAGUACCGCCAUGAAGAGAUCCCUUCCAUUAACCUGCGUAUCGCUGUCUGCUCUGAGAAGUGGCCCCACGGGACCAGCAGGGACGGAGUCAUCUACAGCCUCUCAAUGCUGCUCCUACAGUACAUUCUUCCUUUAGCCAUCAUCAGUUACGCUUACAUCUGCAUCUGGGUCAAACUGAAGAACCAUAUCAGCCCUUCCAGUCGUAGCGACAGCAUCAACCGCCGCAAAAAGACCACAAAGAUGUUGGCGCUGGUGGUGGUGGUGUUUGCUAUCUGCUGGCUGCCGUUCCAUAUUUUUCAGCUGGCCAGUGAUCUGGACUUGGUGCUCAGGUUUAAGGAGUACAAACUGAUAUACACUGUGUUCCAUAUCAUAGCUAUGGGUUCAACUUUUGCCAACCCUGUCCUGUAUGGGUGGAUGAAUAAAAACUACAGGAAUGGCUUCCUCAUGGUCUUCCGUUGUGAGGAUAAGCCAAAUGCCUUCCACCCCGAAGGUUCGUUUAGGACACGCUCCACAAGAAGGCUGACUAUGAAUGGGCGUAAUGGUGGACACCCUCCUACUGCUGUAUAACCCAAUUUGAAAAAGCAAGUAAGACGUCACUGAACACAUUGAACGCACCUCAAGUUUGUGGUGCUUUUGGUUAAAAAUGGCCUGAUCUUGAGUAUCUCUAUGACUGGAGAAGGCUCAAAGCUUUGCAUGCAAAUUGCUUUAUGUAAGGCUCUUCUUUCCUUCGUGAAUGGUACUCGUGAAAAUACAUCUGUCGAGCUUAUUCAAAUAUGUGUUUAAGAUGUUUAUUCGGCUGUUAAUGAACUCUGUACAAUGUAAAAUGUGUUUCCUGUAAAUGCAGAACUCUUGUUGGUAAGUAAUUAUUUAUACAGUCCAUUGCAUUAAUCGCCUGAGACUAUUAAUGUGUUCAUACUUGCUGAAGGGAAGAAGGUGAUUAUUGUGAGGGAAGAAAUGAACAAGUUACAUUUUUCUCACUUGUUCUUCUAUUUGUUGGCUGUUUGUAACAUUUGGAUGAGUUUCACUUAAUUCAUCCAAAUGCUGCGUUUUUAGAUUAAUUCAAAGGUUCUUGAAGAGUAAUAUUUAGUCCUCCUCAAGGAAUCCGGAGGAGGUGUUCAUCUGUCCAACCAGGAAGGGAAUUGUGUUCACCUGGCAACCAGCUGUUCUCGAUUAGAUGUGCCAGCUGUGUCCAAAGGGAUGGAAUCGAAAACCACUGAACUGUGUGGAGUGAGACUUUUUGACAUGUUUAUCAUUUAAUGUGAGCAACUGCUUUGAGGAAGUGAAAAAAAUGGAUUUGAAGGAAGACACAAUGUAUAAUUCUACACUCAGCUGCAGAAGUGACCUUUAUGGUGGUCUUUUAACAAUGAACACAGGAACAGUAAUCAACCACACAGCCUCUGGGCAUUCAUACUGAGCACCCGCUGCACAUAUAACUCCCAGACUAUAUUUGAACAUCAGGAGAAGUUAUGUUUUGUGUGUCUAAUAGUCAGACCCUGGCUUGGAUAAAUCUUGGAUGAGUGGUAAGUCAGUCAGUCUGUCAGAUCUGGUCUGGGUGCAUAUAAAACUCAAAAUAGUGGCAUAUUACAAAAUGUAUUCAACACUGACACCACUCAACACUUUUGGGGGGGAGUAGUCUGUGCCGUGGAGCAUGUGCCCUCCAUACUUAAUACAAUAAUAUAGGAAAGAUAAACUUACCCUGAACCUGACAGCUGGAAAAUCCAUCUAUAGAUGGGACAACAGUCUAGUCAUAGAGGGAAAAUAUAAGUAUUUUUGAGAAAAGAAUUUAGAUUAAUUAAAGUCCUCCAUAUAUCGUUCGGACUUCAUUUUGAACAACGCGGAAAAAGAACCAUUGGGUCAGAAUAACACCAAAUAAAGCAUUUA